AUGGAGUCCCUGGUGGAUGGGAACUUCACUGCUGUGACAGAGUUCAUUUUAUUGGGCUUAACUGAUGAUCCCAUCCUGCGAGUCAUCCUCUUCGUGAUCAUCCUAUGCAUCUACCUGGUGACCAUAUCUGGCAACCUCAGCACAAUCAUUCUAAUCAGAAUCUCCUCUCAGCUCCAUCACCCUAUGUAUUUUUUUCUGAGCCACUUGGCUUUUGCUGACAUGGGCUGUUCAUCUUCUGUCACACCUAAUAUGCUCAUAAACUUCCUGGUGGAUAGAAAUGCAAUCUCCUACCAUGGAUGCGCAAUCCAGCAUGGUUCAGCUAAUUUCUUCGGGACAGCUGAAUGCUUCCUUCUGGCUGCCAUGGCAUAUGAUCGCUUUGUGGCAAUCUGCAACCCUCUGCUUUAUUCAACCAAAAUGUCCACACAAGUCUGUGUCCAGUUACUUGUAGUGGCUUAUAUAGGUGGUUUUCUUAAUGCUUCUUUCUUUACCUUUUCCUUCUUUUCUUUAUCCUUCUGUGGCCCAAAUCAAGUCAAUCAUUUUUUCUGUGAUUUUGCUCCUUUAAUUGAGCUCUCCUGUUUUGAUAACAGUGUCCCUGCAGUUCUUCCCUCAUUUUCCUCAGGCUCCAUCAUCGUGGUCACUGUGUCUGUCAUAGCCGUCUCCUACAUCUACAUCCUCACCACCAUCCUGAAGAUGCGCUCCAGGGAGGGCCGCCACAAGGCCUUCUCCACCUGUACCUCCCACCUCACUGCAGUCACUCUCUACUAUGGAACUAUUACCUUCAUUUACGUGAUGCCCAAGUCCAACUACUCAACCGACCAGAACAAGGUGAUGUCUGUGUUCUACAUGGUGGUGAUCCCCAUGCUGAACCCCUUCAUCUACAGUCUCAGGAACAAGGAGAUUAAGGGAGCCCUAAAGAGAAAGUUUAGUAAAAAAAAUAUGCUCUUAGUGACACCUUUUAUUUUGCAGAAUUUGCUACAAUGUCUCAUUAAUAUUAAUAAAAUGGUAAAAGGAAAUUGA